AUGUUCGAUAUGAACGAUCCACCCAGUAACUACAACAAAAGAGAGACAGAAUCGUUCAAGAAAUCAGAUGAUAAUCUCUCCUCCUAUAACAGUAAAGAGAACGUGAAUAAUUUUGAUAAGAGGGGAAAUUUCAGUAGUUUCAGUUCAGGAGAGAAAAGCAGCAGGGAAAUUUUUAAAUUCGACAACGAAUUUGGUGAUGAUGAUUAUAAGGGCAACAGCAGCAGAAGCAGAAGUAGAAGCAGCAGCAGCAACAUAAACAACAACUGCAACAAGAACAGCAACGUAAACAACAAUAGCAACAACAAUUGCAUCAUUAAUAAGAAUAAUGACUAUCUUGAAGAUGCAUACAGAUUUCACAAAAUAAAUACAGACAAAGAAGAAGAAAAACCAUUCAACAUAAAUAACUGCGAAUUUUUUUUAACAGGGGAUGAGAUAAGAAGUAGCAACUUAAGCAGUGAUUUUAGAAAGGCCAACAAUAAGAAAUUUUCUAGUAAUAAAUAUAAAAUAAAAAAAAACACACACGAAGAAAAUAUCAGAGAAGAAGGUAUAUCUUGCACAUUGCGAGAUUUUACCUCUCUAAAGGAUAAUACCUUUUACGACAAUUCAAGUGUAAACAAUUCCCUGAAUUUAACAAAAAACGACAUUAUGUACAAUUGCAGGGAGGGAAAGGGGAUGAUGACAAUGAUGAUGAAUAAGAACUUUUCGGAAGACACAGUGAGCAAAACAAAUUUGAAAUUAAGCAUGAGCAAUGUGUGUACGAGUGGUGUGGAUUCAGAUCGAAUCCGUGGAGGGAAUCAUAUAAAUGUUGCACCUCACACAAGCGGUACUACUCAUUUGAGUACUACCACACAGAUAAGCGGAUCAACACAUGCGAGUGGAGGAAGCGGAGGAUUUCAUGAUGAUAGCUCGUUCUAUAAAACAGGAAAAGUUCGAAGUGAUAGGGGGAAAAUGCAGAAGAAAGGAAAUUUUGGAUGUAAUUUAAAGAAGGCAACAAGUAGUAAGGGAAACAACUUGAAUGAGAAUAUGUUCUUCAGUGAGAUGACAAGGAAAUCCCUUGACAUUAACGAGAAAUGUAUUAACAAUAAUACAAAAAUAAAAAUAAAACGAUUGUGUGAAAAAAUUGAAGGAUUUGAAAAAGAAAUAAAAAAUGAAAUAUUACAAAAGAAAAAUGUGGAGAAGGAAAAAAUUUAUGUUAUUAGAGAAGCUAUUAACAAAUUAGAAAAGAAUUUAAAUAGUGAAAUAAAAAAGCGAAUUGAGCACAAUAGAAAUAUUCAAAGUAUUUUUUCAUCUGAGAUAUUAAAAGUGCAAGAAAAAAUUGAAAAUGUUGUAAAUGAUAAGGUAAGUGAAAUCGAAAAUGCCAUCAAAGUUCUGAACGAUAAGAUAAACACCAUUAGUGAUAACAUAGAAAAUGAAAAAAUUAAAUGCAUUCAAAAUUUGGAAAAGAAAAACAGCAGCAUUGCUAAAGAAUUCUCAAACCUUCAGUCUGCUUUUCAGCGAGAAAAAAUAAGUAACAAGGAAAAGGAAAAUAACAUCUGCAAGAAGCUUGAGGAAAUCGAAAAAAAGUCUGAGAGCAAAAUUGCCACGGAGAAGAAUAUUCGGGACAGCAAAUAUCAGGAAAUAAUAUCAUACAUAGAAGAGAUAAAGCGCGAACGGAAAGGCAAAAACGAAAACUUCCAAAACUUUGUGAUGGAAGAAAUAGCAACCGUAAAAAACGGCUUAAUAUUAGAAUCCCAGGCACGGGAAGCCGCAGAUGAUGACAUUGUACAGGCUGUAAAUCACUACACCAAGGCGCUACAAGACUCGUUAAGACUUAUCAAUUCGAAUUAG